CCUCCAGACACGCGCGCGGAAGUGCUGCGCAAGGGCUGAAACGAAUAAGCUCCAUUAUAAGACGGUACUGUUUCCGCACUGCACGCGUGCACAUGCUUCUCGCUAUUAAAACACUAUCGUACACGGAUACGAUCUACUAUGUCACCCUCCAUGCGCCAGGUUCUCAUCGAAAGUCGUGGAGUCUCCACUUUGCUUCGCUUCGACGAGACGUCAUUCUUCAUCGAACCCACGGAACUUGAUGGUCACAAAUCCUCUUGCUGCACAGAAAUAUUCCACUCUCACAAAGAAGUUAAGUGCACAGAGGUGCCUCUUCGCAAUGUCAUUUCCGCCAAAUUUGCAACUGGCACCCGGGCCAUUGAAGUACAGUACCUGGUUCGCAAGGGCAAGGAGAUGCGUUUGAAGCUUGCGAUGACCCAUGGCGCCAUUAAGGACGAGGAUAGCACGCAUGUCAAGGAGUGGUGUGAGGCGUUACUACUGGCUGCAUACCAGGGCGCAAAUCCAUCCAAGAAUCUCAAGGUGCUUGUAAAUCCUCAUGGCGGACCAGGGAAGGCAAGAGCAAUGUAUGUCAAUAAAGUGGAACCUAUAUUCCUUGCAGCUGGAUGUACAUUGGACGUAACUUAUACCACUCAUGGCGGUCACGCUCUUGAGAUUGCUCGCGAAAUGAAGCUGGGAUAUGAUGCCAUAGUCAUACUGUCUGGCGACGGUUUGAUACACGAGGUCCUCAACGGGAUAAAUCAGCACCAAAAUCGCGAAAAGGCAUUUCGUAUACCGAUAGUACCUAUCCCAACUGGCUCCGCAAAUGGGCUGUCUCUCAAUCUGUUGGGUCUGCAGGACGGUCUCGACGUUUGUGCAGCAUCUCUGAACGUCCUUAAAGGACAACCAUUAAAAACUGAUCUCUUUUCUUUCACCCAAGGAGAUCGUCAGCGGAUAUCAUUCAUGUCACAAACUAUCGGAAUUAUGGCAGACAUCGAUAUUGAGACUGAACAUUUACGGUGGAUGGGCGAUACCCGAUUCAUCCUAGGCUACCUUCGUGCUAUUAUUGCCCGCAAAUCGUGUCCAAUCGAGUUGUCGAUGAAGGUAGUCGAUCAAGACAAAUCCCGCAUGAUGGAUGCUCUGUAUGCGAGACGAGGAGGCGCAUCACCCGGCUUGUCUAGUCCUUCUAGUUCCCUACUCAGUGACGACAAGAAGCUUGAUAGUUCCAGCUCUUCAGACGAGGAGUGGACCCGGUUUGAAAAACCUAUCCUUUGGAUGUACGCUGGCCAAGGGCCAUUCGUCAGUCAGACUUUGAUGCAGUUUCCUGUCUCCUUAGCUGACGACGGGCUCAUUGACAUUUCCAUACAAGAAAUAACCAGUCGUAGGAAUCUCUUACGGGCCAUAGAUGGUGCCGAAGAAGGUCGGACGUACUGGACAAACUCGAACCGAUACUUCAAAGCGUCCUCCUACCGCGCACGACCACUCGCCCCCACGGGAAUGCUCGUGGUCGAUGGCGAGCAAGUUCCCUUCGAAGAGUUCCAGGUAGACGUACUUCAGGGACUUGGCACCUUUCUAUCCCCUUAUCCCCAUUUUGCACCUGAGUUUGUUGUACAAGACGCCCACGGGAAAUCCCGUCGUACCAGUGUAUAAUUGUCAUUUCAACGAUACCCUUCUUGUUGGACCUUACCAUUGACUGUGGUUGUACCCAUCUAAUACUGACGGGAUCAUGUUAUAUAUUCAUCCAUGGAUGUGAGCAA